CCGUUCUCCGUCUCUCGAAAUCCAAUCCGGGAUUGCCCUAUAGCGAUUUGAAGCCUUCUCUGUCCUCUCGGUGAGAAUAAAAGAAGCUCGGCGUGCUUCGAAACUCGGAAGCAGUUUCUCGAUCGCGGCCAAAGGUCAGACCGCAGCCAUGGCGACCUCUUCCUCCGUCGUCUCCAACGCUGGCCUUCUCGAGAAGUACUUGUCGCUCGACCAGAAGGGCACCAUCAUCGCCGAGUACAUAUGGAUCGACUCCGAGGGCGGCACCCGGUCCAAGUCGAGGACACUCCCGGAGAAGGACUACAAGCCUGAGGACCUGCCCAUGUGGAACUUUGACGGCUCGUCCACCGGCCAGGCCCCCGGCGAUAACUCGGACGUGUACCUCAAGCCGGUUGCCGUGUUCCCGGACCCGCUGCGGCGCGGCAAGAACAUCCUGGUGCUCGCCGAGUGCUGGGAUGCCGACGGCACGCCCAACAAGUACAACUACCGCCACGAGACCGCUAAGCUCAUGGAGGCCCAUGCCGAGCACGAGCCGUGGUUCGGGCUCGAGCAGGAGUACACGCUGCUGGAUUUGAACGAUCGGCCGUAUGGCUGGCCCGUGAACGGCUUCCCGGCUCCGCAGGGGCCCUACUACUGCGGUGUGGGUGCCGGCAAGGUUGUGCAGCGUGACAUCGUCGAGGCGCACUACCGCGCCUGCCUGUAUGCCGGCAUCAAGGUGUCGGGGACCAACGCAGAAGUAGUGCCUGCCCAGUGGGAGUUCCAGGUCGGGCCAUGCGUCGGCAUCGAGAUGGGUGACCAGCUCUGGGUGGCCCGCUUCCUGCUGCACCGCAUCGCCGAGGAGUUCGGUGCCAAGGUGUCGGUCCACCCGAAGCCGAUCCCUGGUGAUUGGAACGGCGCGGGUCUGCACACCAACUUCUCCACCAAGGAGAUGCGCAAAGAGGGCGGCAUGAAGCACAUCGAGGCGGCGAUCGCCAAGCUCGGGACGCGCCACCAGGAGCACAUUGCCGUGUACGGCGAGGAGAACGAGAAGCGGCUGACGGGCCGGCACGAGACGGGCGCCAUCGACCAGUUCACCUACGGCGUGGCCAACCGCGGCGCCUCCAUCCGCAUCCCGCGCGAGUGCGCCGCCAAGGGCUACGGCUACUUCGAGGACCGCCGGCCGGCGUCGAACGCCGACCCGUACCAGAUCACGGGCAUCAUCAUGGAGACCAUCUUCGGCCCUGUCUAAGAUGGCAGAGGGCUCGGAGGGGUGGACGGUGUUUCGUGUGGCUGUUUGGCGGGGAGUUGCUGGUGUUGUGGGGCAUUGGGAAAUCUUCAGGGUCAACUGGACUCUCAAUAGUGGCAAUUGUAUUGCUCAGUUGAGUCGACGGAUCUGCUCGGUUGCCCCUAGACCGCUAGGGUGCGCCUGAUCUUUAUGGAAGGCAGAUCCACGCAGUUUUCCGGGUGGGUUAAGGGGAGGCUGAAGAUUCACAACUCUCGUCGAGUUGGAUGGAACAUGGAUUGCUGGAUGCCUCCUCGCGGGGCGCUAACGGAAUUCAACCUUGUUAGAGGAAGUUUGACAAGGAUUGGCACUGAGUCGUCAUGCCAUUCGUUGCUACACCCGUCUCCGUAUACUACGGUACUUCCUU